GCUUCGAUUCACUCACCCUCAUUUACCCUAUUUUCACAAGAGGCCCCAAUUCUAGGUUUUUCUGUGCAUCUGAAUCUCUUUUCAGAGACCCUUCUCUGGUUGUGGAAAUGGUGAGGGGGAAGCUUAUACUGAUCAGCCAAUCUGGUGGUAAAUUUUUAACAAAUGACGAUGGAUCUAUGUCAUAUACUGGAGGCGAAGCGCAUGCGGUGGAGAUUAAUCAUGAAACGACUUUUGAAGAUCUCAAACUAAAACUUGCUGAAUUAUGGAACUUACUAAGUAAGACCCUGUCCAUCAAGUAUUUUCUUCCGGGGAACAGGAAAACUUUAAUCUGUAUAUCAAAUGAUCGAGACCUGAAGAGGAUGAAAGAAUAUUAUGUGGAUUCAAUUACUGCUGACGUUUUUAUUUCUGGGACAAAAGGUUUUGACCAGGAAUCCUUGAACAUGAAUACCAGGAGAAAUGAUAUAAACGUAGCCGAAGCAGUGACCCCUGUCAAUCCUUCAAAAACAAAACCUAAGACUGUUCGCAAACAAACAGCAUCAGUAGGCACUUCUGCAAACCGUUCUCCAAAUCAUGCUGUUACUACUAAUCAUGGCGCUGCCUGUUCCAAUCCGCCUUGUUCUGUUUCCAUUGCCACUGAUACAUCCUCUCAUGGCCGAGUCAUCAGUGAUAUGGAUGCUAGUCCUGCAGAUGCAGUUAAGAAGCGAAGGCGUGCUGCAUCUCGGGCACUUACUGCAAAUGGUCCGUCUAUGAAUGCAGAAGAAAGUAAAAAAGUGAUGUCACGGAAAAAGAAUAAAAGAAAUCAUGCUGCUGCUGCUGCUGAUAAUAGAGAGGACCAGCUAUAUUUGCCAUGUAAUGACUAUUCUGACAAUUUGCUUGAUGUUGGAUCUGACAUAACUCCGGGAAAAUUAGCUGAAUGUUGGAAAGACAGUAUUACUGGUGUUGGACAGGACUUUCCAAGUGUCCAAGAAUUUCGUGACGCCUUGCAGAAAUAUGCCAUGGCACAUCAUUUUGCCUAUAGGUAUAUCAAGAAUGACACAGUUCGUGCCAGAGCCAGAUGUGUAUGUGAAGACUGCCCAUGGAGGAUUUUUGCUUCCUGGGUUCCAUCUGAUCAAUCAUUUAGAAUUAAAAAGAUGGAGGAGCCACAUACUUGUGGAGGAAAAUCUUGGAAGUCUACUCAUCCCUCAAAGAACUGGUUGGUAAAUGUUGUAAAGGACAGGCUACGAGAUAACCUUCAUCAUAAAACAAAGGAGAUUGCAAGUGCCAUUCACCGAGACUUUGGGAUUGAGUUGAAUUACUCUCAAGUAUGGCGUGCGGUUGAGGAAGCUAGGGAACAACUGCAAGGUUCAUACAAAGAAGCAUAUAAUCAGUUGCCUAGGCUUUGCGAGAGGAUGUUAGAGUCAAAUCCUGGCAGCUGUAUCAAGCUCGUCACAGGUGAUGACAAAAGAUUUCAGCGUCUUUUUUUGUCGUUUCAUGCUCUGAUACGAGGAUUUCAGGCUGGUUGCCGCCCUCUUCUAUUCCUUGAUUCGUCAUCUUUGAAAUCAAAAUAUCAUGAGGUUUUAUUGACAGCCACUUCACUAGAUGGUGAUGAUGUUGCUUUCCCUGUUGCUCUGUGUAUAGUUGAUGUUGAGAAUGAUGAUAACUGGAAUUGGUUUCUAGAGCAGUUGAAACUUGCAUUACCGACUUCCCAGCCUAUGACUUUUGUGUCUGACAGAGAGAAGAACUUAAAGCAAUCAGUUCUAAAGGUAUUCCAAAAUGCCCAACACGGUUAUUCCAUGUACCACCUCCUUGACAGUUUCAAGAAAAGUCUGAAGGGCCCUUACCAUGGGGAAGGCAGGCCUUCUUUGCCAGUUAAUUUCCUAUCUGCUGCUCAUGCACUGCGGCUCGAUGGUUUCAAAAUGUUCUUAGAACAGAUUAGAAAAGUUUCUACAACAGCAUAUGAUUGGGUCAUGGAAGUUGAACCAGAGCAAUGGGCAAGUGCAGUAUUCAAAGGUGAGCGAUACAAUCAUAUUCUCGUAAACGUCGCUGAGUUAUACACCAUGUGGAUUGACGAAGUGCGAGAGGUACCUAUAGCACAAAAGGUAGAAGCUCUUGUAUGUAAGAUCGUGGAGUUAAUAAACAAUCGUCGAGCAGAUUCAAGUAGUUGGACAUUGAGACUGACUCCGUCAAAGGAGGAACUGCUGCAAGACGAAUCCCUCAGGGCACAAGGCCUUAAAGUCUUGUUCUCAUCAGACACCUUGUUUGAGGUUCAUGAUGACUCUGUCCGCGUUGUGGAUAUUGAAAAGUGGGACUGUAGCUGUUUGAGAUGGAAAGCAACAGGGCUGCCAUGCUGCCAUGCUAUAGCUGUCUUGAAUUGCACCCAUCGAAGUGUAUAUGACUACUGUGCGAAAUACUUCACAGCUGAUAACUUCCAUCGCGUGUACUCUGAAUCCAUAAAUCCUGUUUUUGAUUAUUUAUCCAUGAAUCCUGCUUCUGAUGAUUUGAACAACGAGGAGGAAGCUAAGGAGGAGACAGAGAUAGAGACUGAGAAUAAUGUACUUCCUCCUUGCAAUUCUAGACCUUAUGGCCAAAAUAAGAAAGAUGAGAAUAAAACACCAAAGAAAUCUAGGAAGACUGUCACAUGUACCAAGUGCAAAGGAACAGGCCAUAAUAAGGCUACUUGUAAAGAGGCAUCGUGAGUUUUCUGGACUGCCAAUGCCACUAGGUGUAGAAGUAUUUCUACUCCAUCAAUGUAUUAUAAUAAUAAUUUAGGCUUAUGUGGCGUUGGUGUUUUAA